AUGGCCCGGACGGCUCCGCCGGCAGUGCCGCCGCCCCCGGGGCCGCCGGCCCGCGGCUCCCUCAGCCUCCACCGCGCCUACCUGCGGAGCCCGCUGGGCCUGCUGCGCCUGGGGCAGCUGGCGCUGGGCGCUGCCUUCUGGGUGACGGUGGCGGCUCACAAGUACGAGGGGGCGGCCCACUUCGCCCUCUUCGCUGCUGUCCUGGUCUGGCUCCUCACCCUGGCCCUCUUCGGGCUGAGCCUGCUGGGGCGCUGGGCGCUGGUGCCCUGGCUGGGCUCCCGCUGGCUCCUCACCAACCUGGUGCAUGACCUGGCGCUGGGCGUGGGGCUCUACGCGGCCGCCACCGGCAUCAUGGGCUACAAGGCCGAGCAGAAAAGCUAUUGCAACCUGCCGGGCUACAGCCAGCACUGCCUCUACGGUGCGUAUCUGGGCGCCUCCGUCUGCGGGGGCAUCGCCGCCUGCCUGUACCUCUUCUCUGGGCUCUACUGCCUGUCACGGCGCUGCCGGGACCAGCGUGACAUCAUCUGAGACGCCG